GGCGAUGGGCACAGCCGUGACAAGCCGCUUUUGUUCGCUCUUACUCUCAUUGUCGCACAGUUGAAUCGUUAUGGAGAAUGGGAAAACAUUGAAGAGAGCCAAUCCUUCGACUAUUCAUGAUAAAUUUCUUGUCGGGUACCAGGGAUGGUUUACAUGCGCUGGUGACGGUAAACCUAUCGAUCCAGGUCAUCAUGGCUGGUUACAUUGGUUCAAUUAUCCUAUACCCGAUGGUGGAAAGCCUACUAUCGAUCCCUGGCCCGAUGUAUCAGAGUAUCAUUCCUCAGAACUCUAUCCAGCUCCGGGAUUGAAACACAAAACAGGGGAACAAGCCUUUCUGUUCUCUUCUCGGAACCCAAAAACCGUCCAACGGCAUUUUCAUUGGAUGGCACAACACGGAAUUGACGGUGUUUUUCUCCAGCGUUUCGCGGGACAGUGUGACAUAGAGAAUGGGAAUACGGGAAUACGUCGUCUCCGAGAUGAAGUUGGUGAUUGUGUCAAAGAUGCGGCUGAGAAAGAGGGUAGAGUGUUCACAAUAAUGUAUGACGUUUCGGGUGUUCCUGCAGAUCGAAUUGCGAGAGUAUUAGAAUCGGAUUGGAAUCACCUGUUACACGACAAACGUAUCCUGGAAAGUCCGAAUUAUUUGAGAGAGAAAGGGAAGCCGGUCGUCGCCCUGUGGGGAUUUGGGUUCGAGGGAAGAAACCAUACGCCAGCGCUCGUAAGACAUAUUGUCGAUUCCAUUCGCUCUAUCACACCUGGAGGAGCAUAUGUCAUGGCAGGUACACCAACCUACUGGCGAACCGCCACAGAAGACGCCGAUCGCAACCCCGAGUUCCUCGAUGUUUGGCUCAACGAUUUUGAUGCCAUUUCUCCAUGGAUGGUUGGACGGUUGCGGAAUAACCAGGACGUUGAGAACUUUGCGGAAUUCAAGAUGAAGGCAGAUAUUGACUUGUUAAAGAAGAGGCACGAAGAAGGGAAAAGGAAGGUUGAUUACCUUCCCGUUGUUUAUCCGGGAUUCUCUGGAUUCAAUCUGAAAGAUGGACGUUGGGGUUUUAACGAUAUCAAGAGAGAAGGUGGGAGGUUCUUGUGGAAACAGAUAUUCAGUGCCAAACGUUUGGGAGUGCGGUCUAUGUACGGGGCGAUGUGGGAUGAAUAUGAUGAAGGGACGGCUCUCAUACCUGUGGUUGAGAAGGCACGACUUUUACCAGAUGGAGGUAAAUUUCCCUUCCUGGCUCUCGACGCAGAUGGAUACGACAUACCUGCUGAUUGGUAUAUGAGAAUCUGUGGUUUCGCGGCAGAAGGCCUUCGGAGCGAGCGAAUGAUUCAUGAAUCAUUUCCUUCCAAGGAACUGCAAGACUAUUGGUCGUCACGUCCUAGAUAUGAAGACAUGAACAAAAUAGAUGGUGACCCGGAGGACAAAGUUGCAGGUAGUAGCAGACAGGCGUACGAAGAGUGGCUGGGUACUCAGAAAGAGAGUAAAGAUGAGCCCCCACCUCCCCCGUAUUCUCUCGAAGCAGAGGAAGUGCAAAUCGGCGCUCCAUCGGAAAGUACGGAUACUAGUUCGACGGUACCUUCGACGUCCUCUCCUCAACCGGCACCAUUUAGCUCUAAUCCUAUACCCGCUGCUAUCAGUUCGAUAUCGAAUCUUCAGCAAUCUCCCGGUCCUGCACUCAAUUCCCAUCCUAGUACCCCGCAGCCACAAGUACAGGCAACUACAGACCAGCCCGCCAACAUGACUACCCUGGCAGAUGAUUUUGCCAGACAUAGAAUAUCGUCACCGUCAUCUCCGGCUCCGCUCCAAUCACCUAUAAUAGCGGCGGCCAGUUCAGUGCCUUCGUUCAAUCCCCCGCAUGCAUCCGCACUGGCGGCGACGAUGAGCAUUUCGGCGAACGUCAGACCACCUUUAUCCCCUCCUCCGCAACACCCUUCCUCCCGCCCACGUCCAAAUCUAGCAACCCGCCCCCCCUCGACACGACCUCGACCACCCUCCCAAACAUCUCGUCCCUCAUCAAGACCGAAUCCACCUGAGGUAAAUCGACCCUCAUCACAGACUUCCAGUCGACCUGAAGUGUCAGGUUUCGUUGAUUUUCCUCAAGGGCCACAAUUUCCCUCUCCUGAAGCGCAACCACUAACACAACCCCAUUGGCCUCCCCCUGAAUGGGGCGUUAACCAGCCUCAGUCACAACAUACCCACCACCGUCCCCCCCCACCCGCACAGCAACCUUUUUACCAAGGUGACGAUUAUCGACCCCAUCUCACACAUACGCCGACCCCACCACUAAGUUCGUCACAUUUUGGACCUACAGAGCCGACAUCGUUUCAACAAGAGAAUCUUUCCCAGUCCCCAAUCUUCUUUCCCCAGGCGGCUAUCAACUCCGUUGGUCCAUCUCCAGUCAUGAAUUCAUAUUCCUCUUCUCCCUCCUCCACGUUCCCAUCCAGUGUUCCUGUACCUCCCCGAAAUCAAAACCAUUAUCCGUUCCCAUCCGAACCUCAUGCCCCCUAUGCAUUGCAACACACCUUUGGUUCAUCUUCUCAAAGUCCUUGUAGCACGAAUGCUUCUUAUCCUCCUUAUACUCAUCAAACGCCUCAGGGGCCUCCAUCCAACUCAAGUUUCCUUCAGGCACCCGUCAAUGAGCCUGGGUCAUCAUAUCACCAUGGCCCUUCAUACCCUAUAGGACCGCCGAACAAUGACAAUAACCACUAUGGCGGAUAUAGGCCAUCAUAUACACAACCUUCCCCGACACCGACACCUGGUAUUGGGCCAAUGCCUGGGUCGUGGGUACCACCCUCUGAAGGGUAUCAUCGUCACCAACCAUCUCAGGUUCUUCCGCGGCCUACUUCCGCGGCCCCCGGACCAUAUCAGGCUGGGAAUGGGUUCAACAACCACAACAGCAACGCUAACUAUCCGUCGCCAAGUUCUUCUUCUUCAGCCCCUUUCGCCGGUUCGUCUGCAUUUGGAUAUGCCCUGAGCGCAGUCAAUAAAGUUGCCGGCCGUAACACGAGGGAUCAGCUUGAAAGUUUGGCGCAAACUGGCGGAAAGCUCCUGAGCAAGUUCAAAUGAAUGAACGAAGCUACCGGUGGAUAGGCGGGAAACGUGUUAAAAGAUAAACUUCUGUACUCGGGAAUGACGGGUUCGAGUCAUUUGUUUGUCUGAGCGAAGCUUCGCGUGUUUUUCUUCUCUCGAGAUCUUUCCAUAGUAUCAAGAUACUGGUCAUCCCUGGUUCUUGGCAUUACUGUAGUCUAUUUCUAUUUAUCUACUGGAGUUUCUACUCAAUACCUACUAUCUAUGUAAAAAAGGCCAAAGUGAAAGAAGAGAACAGUUUGUUCGAG